AUGUUGUUGUUGUUGUUGUUGUUGUUGGACCAAGAUAAAGACACGAAGAAGAAGUGUCUGACGGCAGACGUGUGUACGAACAACACGUCGUGGAGACCAGACUCCUGUCAGGAGUGUACAUGCUAUAGUGACAUCACCGUCUGUCAACCUGCUACCUGCCUCAACCCACACUGUGACUUCCAGAGGGGAGAGCGGUUGAGGAUCCCUCCCAACCAGUGUUGUCCACAGUGCCUGCCCUCCUCCCAGGGCUCUUGUCAGCAUGAUGAAGCUGUUUAUGGGCAUGACAGUCAGUGGAGUGUCUCCCAGUGCCAGGUGUGUGUGUGUUCUGGGGGUAGUGUAUCCUGUGGACAGAGACCCUGUCCUCCUCUCAGCUGCCCCCCAGACCAGACCGCCUUCACCCCCGCCGGAGACUGCUGCCCCAAGUGUGCCCGCCGCGGAGUAUCCUGUUCCUGGGAGGACAAUGAGUUCAGGGACGGGGAGGAGUGGAGGCCCAGCCUGUGCUCUAAGUGUGUGUGUAAUAACGGACAGCCUCAGUGCUUCACGGCAGAGUGUCAACCUGUUGCCUGCAAACAGCAGGAGAGCCUGGUGAUCCAACCUGGACAGUGCUGUCCACAGUGUUUCCCCACCUCCUGCCUGUCUGCUGGGAAGGAGUACAAGCAUGGUGAGCAGUGGCAGAAGAGCGGCUGCACCAGGUGUGUGUGUGAUCGGGGCCAGUCUCGCUGUCACACACACACCUGUCCAUCCGGGACCUGUGAGAAGGGCCAGACCAAGGUAAAGAGGGCGGGGCAGUGUUGUGACGAGUGUGUCGCCGCCAAAGGAAGCUGUCUGUACGAGCUUACAGUGCGUUACCACGGUGACAUGUGGAACGACACCGGCUGCGAGUUCUGCACCUGCGAUAGGGGACAGGUCCUCUGCCAGAUAGCCCAGUGUGCUCGAAUAGAAUGCCCGACGGGUUCAGAGAUGGUUCACCUACCAGGGAAGUGUUGUCCUGAGUGUCAGUCCUUGAAGACCUGUGUCUACCCAAACCCUGAUCAGUCCUCAGGGAAACCUCAGAGACCACUGGUGAACCAGGAGAGAUGGAGUGAGGGCCCCUGUAGGGAAUGUGAGUGUCGUGAAGGCAGGGUGACCUGUUACUUGAUGUCCUGUCCCACCUGCCCCCUGGGGACCCUGGCUGUACCCCACCAGGGAACCUGCUGCCCUGAGUGUAAACAGGUCCAGUGCCAGAGGGACUGCCUGUCUUGCUCGGGGACCCCUGACCACUGUGAGAGCUGUAAGGACUCUAACUCUCUGCUGCUGGACGGACGCUGUGAGUCCACCUGUCCUCGCGGUUACUAUGCCGAUGGAAAAGUGUGUGCAGCCUGCCAGGCGUCCUGUGCCACCUGUGAGAAUGACUUUGAGUGCUCGUCCUGUAGGGGGUCCUUGCUAUUAAACAACAGGCAGUGCGUGGCCACCUGUGACCCGGGGUCCUACCAGGACCCCACACAGUGCCUGCGUUGCCAUGCAUCCUGUUCAGUGUGUGUGGGGCCGAGCCAGCAGGAGUGUGUGUUGUGUUCUGACCCGUCCCACCUGCUCAGAGAUGGACUCUGUGUACCAGACUGUGGAUCAGGCUUCUACAUCCAACAAGGCAUCUGUUAUGCGUGCGACUCAUCCUGCAUUACCUGUUACCCUGACAACCCCAACUGCAUGAGCUGCCCCCCGGGCUCUGCUAUGCAUCAUGGGAAAUGUAUUUCCCACUGUCCGGAUCAGCAUUACCUUGACAGUCAUGGCCACUGCAGAGCCUGUCACAGCUCCUGCUGGUCCUGCUCCGGCACCGCUGUGUCCCAGUGUACCCUCUGUUCCCAGGGACUGUCUCUACACCAGGGCCAGUGUCUGGAGGUCUGCGGACAGGGGCUGUACCACCAGGAUGGGACCUGUCUCAACUGCCACCCAUCCUGUAGGACAUGUGUGGGUCCCCUGUCCUCUGACUGUCUGAGGUGUCUGAAACCAGAGGAGGCCCUGCAGCCACUGACCAGUCCCCCUCACACACCACUACCCCACGGAGUGUGUGUGGCCGAAUGCUCUGCUCCGUUCUACCUGGACGCACAACACACAUGCAGAGAAUGCCACACUUCCUGUUUACAGUGCACAGGAGGAAGUAGUCAGAACUGUACUUCCUGUACCCCGCCCUACGUCCUCCAGGAAGGCCAGUGCGUCCCCAGAUGUCACCCAGGACACACCAUCCAGGACAACACUUGCCAAGGGUGCCACCCAUCCUGCCAGGAGUGUUCAGGUACCUCCCAGGCUGACUGUAUGUCCUGCCCCCCCCUGGCCAACUUCAACAACGGCUACUGCAGGACUAUCUGUCCAGAGGGACUGUUCUUACACCCCCAAGGAUUCUGUCAGGAAUGCAGCAGUAAUUGCCAGCGCUGUGUGGCAGACCUCCAGACGGGCAUGGGCAGUGUUUGUCUGUGGUGUAAGAUUGCCAGGACCCUGUUGCUGGGAGACCACUGUGUCACCCACUGUCCCCAAGGUCACUACCCCUGGCACGGAGCCUGUAAGAGAUGCCACGUUUCCUGUGAGGGUUGCAGUGGGGAGUGGCCUCUGUCCUGCACUUCCUGUCCCACCCCCAGCGUUUUACUGACCUCAGGGCUCUGUGGCCCCGCCUGCCCCUUGGGUUACUAUGCCGACAGAGACAGACGCUGCAGAGCCUGUGACAGUCAGUGUUGGUCCUGUGAGAUGAGCGGCGUGUGUACAUCGUGUCGUGACCCGGGAAAGGUGCUGCUGUUUGGAGAGUGCCAGUAUGACAGCUGUGCCUACCAAUACUACCUCAACACCACCACGCGCACCUGCAGAGAGUGUGAUUGGAGCUGUAAUGAGUGUAAGGGUCCUCUGCAUACUGACUGUCUGCAGUGUAUGGAGGGACAUGUUCUGCAGGACGGACUCUGCGUCCAGGGCUGCUCCCCAGGGUCCUACCAGGAUGGAGAGAGAUGCCUCAGUUGUGAUGAGCAGUGUGAGGGAUGCCAGGGCCCAGGUCAGUGUGGGCGGUGCCAGCCUCCCUAUGCCACCCUGCAGGGUCUCUGUGUGUUGGAGUGUGGAAGGAACUACUUUCUGGACUCCUCUCUACAGCUUUGUACAUCAUGCUCUGCUGACUGUGUGGAGUGUGAGGGGAUGGGUCGUUGCACCGUGUGUAGACAGAACACCUACCUAAGAGACGGAUACUGCUCUCCGGACUGUGGACACGGUUUCUAUGCUGAUAAGAAGACCAGGACAUGCCAUGCUAACAACCAUGCCCCAACCCUGCAUAUCAGUGGAUCUCUGUUGGUGCCCAUUGGGGGAACCACACCCCUGUUCACCAGCCUAAUCUCUGCCCAGGACCAAGACAGCCCCCCAGAGAGCUUGGUCUUCCAGCUGCUACAGCCCCCUGCUACAGGCCGUAUGGUUGUCCUAGAGGGGGGCAGGGAGAUAGAGAUGUCCCGAGACGACACCUUCUCCUGGGCACAGCUACAGAGCAGACAGGUCCGCUUCACUCACAACAAGGACCAGGCCAAGAGUGGGCAGUUUUCCAUGCGUGUGUCUGACCCUCAGCUCUUCUCCCGACCAGAGAUGAUGCAGAUACAGGCAGUGUCCAUGCAGGCACCGCAGAUUCUUACCCUCAAUCCUUUGCUGGUGGACGGAGGAAAGCCCUCGGUCAUCUCCAAGACCGCGCUUCAGAUCGACGACCCAGACAACCCUCAGGACGUCCUGGUCAUGGUUCUGGACCCGCCCCAACAUGGCCGUCUGACCCGUCUCCACGGCGACCGGGCGCUGAGCCAAUUCAACAUGGAGGAGUUGUCACGGGAACAGGUGCAGUACGUCCACGACGGGUCGCUGGGGAAACGGGACAGGAUGCUGCUACAGGUCAACGAUGGACACAGCUACCAGAACAUUCUACUGCAGAUCAACAUCACUCAGAAGCUUACCGAAGCUCCUCGUGUUCUGUUGGUGCCCGUCACGUGGGUGAGAGAGGGAGGCAUGGUGCGGUUGGGGAAGAGGUAUCUGAGGACAGAGUAUCAGGCAGCCAGCGAUGACCAGAUCGUCUACACCAUAGUGCGCUCCAAUGGAAGCCCCAAAUAUGGUGAAGUGGUGUUGGUGCCCAUGCCAGCCGACGGCCCGGUGGAAGGUUGGCAUCCCUCGCCCGAUGACAGGAGCUCUACCCCCACCUCCUCCUUCACUCAGCAGGAUGUGAAUGAGGGCACUGUGUGGUACAAACACUUUGGCGUUGCCGGGCCCAGUGGGCCUCAAGGAGACAUCUUCCAGUUCCAGGUGUCCAGUGAGGGUUCUCCAGACACGCUGCGUGAUGCUCAGACCUUCACCAUCGCAGUGAUGCCUGAACUCCCAGGGUUCCCCCAGCUAGCCUCCGCCAGUGACCUACAGAUAACUGCCUUGGUCGAUCGUGUGACGGUGCUAACACCCACAGCUUUGUCCUUUGUGGACUCUGAGACGCCCAGUGAAAAGCUUGUCUACAACAUUACCAAGCCCCUACCUCAGGAACAAGGUUCUGUGGAACAUCGUGACAGACCCUACGACCCAGUGUCCUUGUUCACCCAAGCUGAUGUCAACCAGGGCCGGAUCCUGUACCGUCCUCCGCAGGCCCCCUCUCACCUCCAGGAGCUUUACCAGUACUCCUUCACUGUGUCAGAUGGGGAACACACUACUCCAGAGAUGUACUUUUCCGUCCACCUGUUGACCAGCCACCAGCAGCCGCCCGUCUUCCAGAUCAUAGAGCCUGUUCUGGAGGUCAGCAUGGGGGGAAGAACCCCUAUAGGUGGGCAGCAGCUGGCAGUAACUGAUGCAGACACAGCGUCUGGUGAUUUGGAGUUUGAGGUGGUUGAUGGACCGGUCCAUGGAACACUGGUCAAGAUGGAGUUGGACUCAAAGACUGAGAUGAUGAAUGGUGACAUGUUUUCCUUCAGUGAUGUGACCCGUAACGUUCUGCAGUAUGAACAUUCCGGACUCUCCGCUGACGAGGACGCCAUCACCUUCGCUGUUACAGACGGCUUCUCCAUGACGACGGCGGUGGUACAGGUGGUCGUGUUGGGCGUCGGGGGCGACGGGCCCAGGAGAGACCCAGAGGCCCUGCUCUCCAUGGAGGUUCCUGAGAACAGUACUAGUGUCAUCAGACGCACUCACCUGGGUUAUAUGAGCGACACCUCUCCAGAUGAGAAGAUACGUAUUCAGCUGGUGUCAGUUCCCAUGUACGGCAUCCUGACCAGGACAGGGUCAGAACAGGAGAUGACACAGUACUCCUCUUUCACCGUGGACGACAUCAACAAACACCGGAUCAGGUACAUCACUUCCUUUGAGACAGGAAACCAACCAGUGACAGACAUCUUCCAUUUCAUUGUUUACGACGGUGAAAACAAUCGCCUUGACAACCAGAUGUGUACCAUCACCAUCACCUCCAAGCAGACACAGCCUCCAAUGGUCACUGUCCGCAGUGGCCUUAAGGUCCAGGGAGGAGGACGAGUCCAGCUGUCAACCAAUCACAUCAUUGUAUCAGAUCUGGACACACCCAACAAGGAUCUGCUGGUUUGGAUGAUCAGCGUGCCCAAAUAUGGCUUCAUUGAGAACACAAUGGGAAGAGUGGGCUUGAUGGGCGGUUCAAAUAGCCUCAUUGUCAGUCCAGAGGUUCCCUUCUCUGUGGACGACCUGACCGCUGACCACAUCUUCUACGUUCAGAACGUCCAGAACACUGACCACCACUACCAGGACACCUUCUCCUUCUACAUCAGUGAUGGGUCCAGUCAGACAGAGGCUUUCAAUGUCAACAUAGACAUACAGCAGAGUAAAGAGGAGAAGGUGCCAGUGGUGUCAGUGAACAGGGUCCGGGUGGAGAAAAACUCAGGAGUGGUCAUCACUAACUCCUCUCUCAACGUCCUGGACCAAGACACACCAGACAACCACAUCAUCAUCACCGUCACCAAGCAACCUGCCUACGGCAAGCUGCGUAGACGUCAGUUCUACUCCCAGCCUCUGGAGAACGGUUGGGUCCUUUCUCAGGGUUCCACAUUCACCUACCAGGACGUGUUGGAUCUGCUUGUGGUGUACACCCCUGAUGUGACCAGCGGGGGCAGUGACGAGCUAGCCUUCUCCCUGACCGACGGCAUCCACACCAGCACCGGGUGGCUCACCUUCACCAUAGACGUCAGGAAGACUGAAGGACCAAGGGUGAUAGUUAACAGAGGCCUGCAGCUGGCCGCAGGCGCAGCGUCUAAGAUCACUGAGCAGAACCUGAAGGGAUCAGAUUCCGACUCAGACAGCCUGAAGCUGAGGUACAUCCUCAUCAAAGAUCCUCCAGUAGGAACACUACAUCUUUUUAAAAGAGGAGGACAGGACAAGGUGGCUGUUAAAGGACCUGUCAAGAGCUUCACACAGGAGGAGGUCAACAAAGGUCUGUUGGAGUACAGUCAUGAAAAGGGAGAUGAAGGAGGGUCCAUCUCCUUUAAGUUCAACCUGGUGGAUCCAGAGGGCAACAAACUGAUCGACCAGUCUUUCUUCAUCACUAUACUAGAGGACCACCUGCCCCCCUCUGUGGUAGUGAAUAAGGGUCUUGUGUUGGAUGAGAACACAGUGAAGAAGCUGACUACUCUCCAGCUGUCAGCUACAGACCAGGACAGUGAGCCUGGAGAACUGGUGUACCGCAUCACCAAGCAGACUGCACUGGGACACCUGGAGCACGCCAGCACCCCAGGAAGCCGCAUUACUUCCUUUUCCCAGGCUGACCUGGCUUCACGUAGCAUCCAGUACGUUCACACCAGCGAAGAAGAGAAGCCCACAGAUGAGUUCUCAUUCAUAGUGUCUGACGGGGUUAAUGAGGUUGCCCAGACGUUCUACAUCACCAUCCGGCCGGUGGAUGACUCCCUCCCCCUGCUGGUGGUUCCUGGGAUGAGGGUUCAGGAAGGGGUCAGGAAGACCAUCACUGAGUUUGAACUGAAGGCCACGGACGCUGACACAGAGGAGGAGUCCAUCACCUUCACCGUAGUCCAGGCCCCCCGUCACGGCACCAUGGAGCGGACCAACAACGGACAGAACUACCGUCAGACCAGCAGCUUCACCAUGGAUGACGUCUACCAGAACAGAAUCAGCUACAACCACGAUGGAUCCAACUCACUGAAGGACAGAUUCACCUUCACUGUAGCUGACGGGACUAACGUCUUCUUUAUGGUGGAGGAGGCAGGCAAGAAGGUGUUGACUGCUGCACCCCAGAAGUUUAUGAUAGACAUUCUGCCUGUUGAUGAUGGAGCACCUCGUAUCGUCAUGAACCUGGGUCUGCAGUGGCUGGAGUACACGGACAACAAGGCCACCAACCUGAUCAGUACGAAGGAGCUGUUGACCAUGGACCCAGACACCGACGAUGGUCAGCUGGUCUAUGAGGUCACAGCAGAGCCUAAACACGGCUUCUUGGAGAGCAAACUGAAACCUGGCGCUCCCAUCACCACCUUCACACAAGCUGACGUUAACCUGGGCUUGAUCCGCUACGUGCUCCAUGAAGACAGCGUGACAGAGACCGUGGACAACUUUACGUUCCUGGUGAAGGACAGCAAGCCCAAUGUUGUCUCUGAUAACCUCUUCCAUAUCCAGUGGUCCCGCGUCAGCUUCCAACACAGGAGCUACAAUGUGAGUGAGAAGGCUGGCACGGUGUCAGUCACAGUGAAGAGGACGGGUAACCUGAACCAGUAUGCCAUCGUGCUGUGUCGUACGGAGCAGGGCACUGCCACCUCUACCUCCAGUGUGGGCUCUCGCCCCGGACAACACGACUACGUGGAGUACGCUGGACAGGUCCAGUUUGACGAGCGUGAGGACACAAAGGUGUGUACCGUAGUGAUCCAGGACGACAAGGUGUUUGAGGGCAUGGAGAGUUUCCAGGUGGAGCUGAGCAUGCCUGUCUACGCCCUCCUGGGUCAGGUGACCCGCGCCAGCAUCAACAUCAACGACACAGAGGACGAACCCAUGCUGCAGUUUGACAAGAAGACCUACCACGUCAACGAGAGUACCGGGUUUAUACACGCUCCUAUAGAGAGGAAAGGUGACACCAGCAGUACGGUCUCAGCUCUCUGUUACACGGUUCCUAAGUCAGCUAAGGGUAGCGGUCCACACGGCCUGGAGUCUGGGUCUGACUAUAAGAGUCGAGGUAUGACUGUUGACAGCAGAGUCAUCUUCGGCCCCGGCGUCUCCAUGUCCACCUGCGACGUCGAGCUCAUCGACGACAGCGAAUACGAACUCUCCGAGGAGUUUGAGCUCCACCUAUCGGACGCCUCGGAUAACACCCGCGUGGGUGAUGUCGGCGUGGCGAAGGUGGUUAUCGACGGGCCAAAUGAUGCUUUGACGGUAUCCCUGGGCAACGCUACGUUUACGUUCAGCGAGGACGCCGGCACCAUAGAGAUCCCAGUGCUACGUCAGGGCAGUGACCUGUCGUCAGUGACCUCUGUGUGGUGCGCCACACGCCCCUCUGACCCCAUCACCGCCACCCCCGGGGUCGACUACAUCCCCUCAUCCAGGAAGGUGGAGUUCAAAGCCGGAACGACUGUGGAGACGUGCAGUCUGACCAUCAUGGAUGACAUCCAGAACCCAGCCAUGGAGGGGGCUGAGUCCUUUGUAGUGUUCCUCUCCUCCCCUCAUGGGGCCAUCCUUCUGGAACCUUUCCAAGCCUGCGUGGUCAUCACUGAUACCUUGGACCUUCCCAGCAUGCAGUUUGAGAAGACGGCGUACAAGGUGACGGAGAAGGAGGGCGUGCUGGACAUCCCCAUCGUUAGAACGGGAGACCUGACGGUCAAGUCCUCUGUCCUCUGCUUCACGCGCACCAUGUCUGCCAGGGUCACGGACGACUUUGAGGAGAGGAGAAACGCAGACGACUCACGUAUCGCCUUUCUCAAGGGAGAGAAGGUCAAGAACUGCACAGUGCACAUCAACGACGACUCUGUGUUCGAGCCUGAGGAGGAGUUCCAGGUGCAUCUUGGGACGCCGCUUGGGGACCACUGGAGUGGAGCCCUGGUGGGAGUUAGCGACGUGGUCACGGUAACCAUCACUAACGCCGAGGACGCCCCCACCAUAAAGUUUGAGCAGACGUCGUACCAGGUGCGGGAGCCUCCCGGGCCAGACGGCAUCGAGGUGCUUCACAUCAAGGUGGUCAGGACAGGAGACCAGGACCGCACCUCCAAGGUCCGCUGCAGCACCCGGGACGGUUCAGCCCAGUCCGGAGUGGACUAUAACCCCAAGAGCAGAGUCCUCAAGUUCACCCCUGGCAUGGACCACAUCAUGUUCAAUGUGGAGAUUCUGUCCAAUGAGGACAGAGAGUGGCACGAGUCCUUCUCGUUGGUCCUCGGCCCUGACGACCCAGUGGAGGCGGUGCUUGGAGAGAUCACCACGGCAACAGUCACCAUCCUGGACCAGGAAGCUGCGGGGAGUCUCAUCCUUCCGGCCACGCCUAUAGUGGUAUCUCUGUCAGACUAUGAUAACGUGGCUGAGGUGUCCAGGGAGGGCAGUAAGAAGCAGCCUUCGCCCGGUUACCCCCUGGUGUGUGUGACGCCCUGUGACCCCCACUACCCCAAAUACUCUGUGAUGAGGGAGCGCUGCGACGAGGCAGGCAUCAACCAGACCUCUGUUCACUUCUCCUGGGAGGUGGCUGCCCCUACAGACACCAACGGGGCCAGGUCACCCUUCGAGACCGUCACUGAUACCACACCAUACACUGGUGUUAACCAUAUGGUCCUGGACAGUAUCUAUUUCUCUCGGCGAUUCCAUGUACGCUGUGUGGCUCAGGCCCGGGACAAGUCCGGCCAUCUAGGAACACCCCUGAGGAGUAACAUAGCAACCGUCGGCACCGAGUGUUCCAUCUGCCACACCCCCGUUACCACGGGAACCUCCAGAGGGUUCCAGGCCCAGUCGUUCAUCGCCACGCUGAAGUACCUGGACGUCAAACACAAGAGGCAUCCGAACCGUAUCCACAUCUCGGUGCAGAUCCCCCACCAGGACGGUAUGCUGCCCCUAGUGUCCAGCAUGCCCCUCCACAACCUGCACUUCCUGCUGUCAGAGUCCAUCUACAGACAACAGCACGUCUGUUCAAACCUGGUCACUCUCAAAGACCUGCAGGGGGUCUCCGAGACAGGUUUCCUGGAUGAUGUCCAGUAUGACAGUAUCUCUCCGGGUCCGGGUUAUGACAGACCCUACCAGUUCAACCCCAGUGUCCGAGAGGCUCAGAGCAUCCAGCUGUAUAAACACCUCAACCUGAAGAGCUGUAUCUGGACCUUUGAUGCCUACUACGACAUGACGGAACUCAUAGACGUCUGUGGAGGCUCCGUCACGGCCGACUUCCAGGUGAGGGACUCGGCCCAGUCGUUCCUGACGGUGCAGGUUCCUCUCUACGUGUCGUAUAUCUACGUAACAGCUCCCAGAGGCUGGGCCUCUCUGGAACACCACACUGAAAUGGAGUUCUCUUUCUUCUACGACACCGUGCUCUGGAGGACAGGCAUCCAGACAGACAGUGUCCUGUCAGCCAGACUCCAGAUCAUCAGGAUCUACAUAAGAGAAGAUGGCCGUCUGGUCAUCGAGUUCAAAACACACGCCAAGUUCAGGGGCCAGUUUGUUCCAGAACACCACACCCUGCCUGGCCACAAGUCCUACCUGAUGGUUCCGGACCACCUGGGGGGGAUACAGUUCGAUAUGCAGCUCAUCUGGAGCGCCCAGUCCUUUGAUUCUCCCUACCAGCUCUGGAAGGCCACCUCCUCUUACAGCAGGAAGGACUACUCCGGUGAGUACACAGUGUUUCUGAUUCCAUGUACCGUGCAGCCCACACAGCCCUGGACCGACCCUGGAGACAAGCCUCUGUCCUGCACAGCCCACGCCCCAGAGAAGUUCCAGUUACCUAUAGCCUUCCAGCAGACCAACCGGCCAGUCCCGGUGGUAUACUCCCUCAACACUGAGUUUCAGCUGGGCAACAAUGAGAAGGUGUUCAUGAUGGACCCGGCCAUCUCUGACAUGUCCAUGGAUGAGAUGGACUACAAGGGAGCCUUCUCUAUGGGUCAGACGCUGUACGGCAGAGUGCUGUGGAACCCGGAGCAGAACCUGAACUCCGCCUACAAGCUGCAGCUGGAGAAGGUGUACCUGUGUACGGGACGGGAUGGAUACGUGCCCUUCUUCGACCCCACAGGGACUCUGUACAACGAGGGCUCUCAGUACGGCUGCAUUCAGCCCAACAAACACCUCAAACACAGGUUCCUGAUCCUGGAUCGGAAGCAGCCUGAAGUCUGUGACAGGUUCUUCCAUGACGUUCCCUUCGAGGCCAACUUUGCGUCGGAUAUCACCGAACUACAGACCAUGACAGCCAUGCCUGGUGUUGAUGGUUUUACCAUGAAGGUUGAUGCCCUGUACAAGGUGGAGGCGGGGCAUCAGUGGUACCUGCAGGUGAUCUAUGUGAUUGGUCCAGAGUCCAUCUCCGGCCCCAGGAUCCAGCGUUCCCUGAAACAUCAGCUUGCCCACAGCAGCGACAUGGGGCGGGCUCGCAGGGACCUGACCAAUCAGCUGAGGCAAAGCAUCGACUACAGCCGCGCUCGCAGGGACCUGGUGGACCAAAGCGGGCAUCUCACCCUCGACGAGUCUCUGAUCUAUGAUAACGAGGGCGACCAGACGAAGAACGGAACCAACAUGAAGAUUCUCCGACUCGAGGUCCCCACUGCCUCCACAUUUAACCCCCAGAUGGGAGGGUCUAUGGGCGGGGGUGUGGCUGCGCUGACCCUGCUGGUCCUCGUCCUGCUGGGUUCCUUUUUACUCUUCAGGAAGUGCCGACGGUCGGCUGGAAAGAAGCCUUCCAAGAUGGCGGAGGAGUACCCUCUGAACACCAAGGUAGAGGUCUAUCUAGAGAAGACCCUGGAGAAGAACUUCAGCUCCAAACACUGUACAGUCAGGAACAUCAACCUUAACAUCAACCGGAAUCACGACAACGUCAACUCUAAGGUCAACGGAGGGGCAAAGGUCAACGGAGCGGCGAAGGUCAAGCAGGUCAACCUGGAGGUCAAGCUCCACAUUAACCUCGACAACGACGGCACUGAGGUCUGAGGAUCUCCCGCCUCCCUCUGGUGUUUCCCCUAGCUAGAUUCUUUUUCUAGACAGGGUGACAAAGGCCCCCAAAAGUAAGACCCUGGUCCUCAACGUGUCAGUUUAUACCAGUAGAAGUAGCAGUUCUACACUCCACCUACUCAUAGGGGAAACAUUGUGAAAAAUAUCCAGAAACUAAUGAGUAUUUAAUGACAAAUCUAAAAUAAAUCUUGUUUAGAGUACUGGAAUAAUAUAUUGUUCGCUAAUGUAUUUUUCUACGACCGUGAUGCGAGAUAAAAAACGAACAAAAAAAAACGUGUUUUUGACGGCCAGCUAUGCAGCAUUUACUCAAAUCAUUUCACACCUGGGCUACCACCUCAGGAAUAGAGAAAUGAGUGAACUAUCGCAUAAAAUAGGAUUCCGUUUUUCCUCAUUUAAAAAAAAAAAAAUGAAUCGUCAUCGUUGAACGACGACCAGAGACUUUGGAAUCAGUCAUCAGGUGAAAUCUGCUGCCUUUGUUUUUCGCUUUAUAAUAACAACAACAAUGCCAAAAUGAUCAAUGUACGCUAGGUAGCUCAGGGACUUUUUCUGCAGCUUGUCUUGAAUCGUUUAAAUCGUUCAGAUAUAUCUCUGCCUCAUCAUUUCAUUGUCACAAUAUGACUGUUGUGAAAGUAUUAAACACACUAAUGUCCUCAUGUUCUAACUCCACUUUCAUUCAUCAUGCAGUCGAUUCAUAGAACAUUUGUUAGGAUUCAGGCCUCUAGUGUUUUAUGAUCUAUUGUCCACAACUGAAAUAGUAGUGUGUUAAUUAUAUACACUGAGUGUAUAAAACAUUAGGGAACACCCACUUUUGCCCUCAGAACAGCUUCAAAUUGUUUUGGGAAUGGACUCCACAAGGUGUCGAAAGUGUUCCACCGGGAUGCUGGACCAUGUUGACUGCAACAUGGCUGGAUGUCCUUUGGGUGGUGGACCAUUCUUGAUACGUACAGGAAACUGUUGAGCGUCUAAAUUCCAGCAGCGCUGCAGUUCUUGACACACUCAAACCGGUGCAGCCUGGCACCUACUACCAUACCCCCGUUCAAUGGCACUUAAAUAUUUUGUCUUGCCCGUUCACCCUCUGAAUGGCACACAUACACAAUCCAUGUCUCAGUUGUCUCAAGGCGUAAAAAUCCUUCUUUAACCCGUUUCCUCCCCUUUCAUCUACACUGAUUGAAGUGGAUUUAACAUCAGUGCCAUCAAUAAGGGAUCAUGGCUUACACCUGUAGUCACGUGGUAAGUCUAUGUCAUGGAAAAAGCAGGUGUUCCUAAAGUUUUGUAUACAGAGUUUAUAUUCAAGUGCAAUUACUAAUACAUGAACACUCUCUCUCUCUCUCUCUAUCUCUCUCUUUCUCUCUUUCUCUCUCUCUCUUUCUCUCUCUCUCUCUAUCUCUUUCUUUCUUUCUAUCUAUAUCUCUCUCUCUCUCUCUCUCUCUCUCUCUCUCUCUCUCUCUCUCUCUCUCUCUCUCUCUGUCUCUCUCUCUCUCUCUCUAAGAUUCAGCCUACUAAUAGUCUAGUGUGUUUUCAUCUUUUAUGACAAUAGCUCAACAGCUUUUUUUUAUUUGUAAUUUUCUUUAUUUUCUUUCACUUUUAUUUAGCUUUCCAUUAGUGCCAUUACAUGUAGUACUGUCUCAUGCAAGUAGUCCAAAGGGAAAAUUCCAUCGGUGAAUGAUUAUUAAUAUCCAUCCGAUUAAGAUCACUUUGAAUACUACUACCGUAGAUUAUAUAGCCUAGAUAGGUUGAUACCCAUGGGAAUAGAAUCGCCAACCAUGGUGGCAUCAUUGAUUUGAAUGGGGAGGUCUGUUCUACUCGUUCUAGUUCUGUGUUGAAGUUCCCACUCCCCAGUGAAUGCUACUCUAGCCUUAGAACUACUUCUACAGUGUAACAGAAUGGAUUUCUUGUUUCAUUUUUUAACAUGUUACUGAUAACUUGUAGUAUUUUAUACAACCCGUGUGUCUAUGUUUUUUAUGCCUUGCCUUCAUUCUGCCAAAAGACACAGAAUUGCCUCAGUUAUAUUCUUUUAAAUGUAUAUACAAGUUCAAUUUCACAGCAACACUAUGGUAGCAUUCCAAAUAGCACCUUAUUCCCUAUAUAGUGCAUAACUUCUGUCCAGAGCCCUAUAUAGUGCAUAACGUCUGUCCAGAGCCCUAUAUAGUGCAUAACUUCUGUCCAGAGCCCUAUAUAGUGCAUAACUUCUGUCCAGAGCCCUAUAUAGUGCAUAACUUCUGUCCAGAGCCCUAUAUAGUGCAUAACGUCUGUCCAGAGCCCUAUAUAGUGCAUAACUUCUGUCCAGAGCCCUAUAUAGUGCAUAACUUCUGUCCAGAGCCCUAUAUAGUGCAUAACGUCUGUCCAGAGCCCUAUAUAGUGCAUAACGUCUGUCCAGAGCCCUAUAUAGUGCAUCACUUCUGUCCAGAGCCCUAUAUAGUGCAUCACUUCUGUCCAGAGCCCUAUAUAGUGCAUCACUUCUGUCCAGAGCCCUAUAUAGUGCAUCACUUCUGUCCAGAGCCCUAUAUAGUGCAUCACUUCUGUCCAGAGCCCUAUAUAGUGCAUCACUUCUGUCCAGAGCCCUAUAUAGUGCAUAACUUCUGUCCAGAGCCCUAUAUAGUGCAUAACUUCUGUCCAGAGCCCUAUAUAGUGCAUAACUUCUGUCCAGAGACCUAUAUAGUGCAUCACUUCUGUCCAGAGCCCUAUAUAGUGCAUCACUUCUGUCCAGAGCCCUAUAUAGUGCAUCACUUCUGUCCAGAGCCCUAUAUAGUGCAUCACUUCUGUCCAGAGCCCUAUAUAGUGCAUAACUUCUGUCCAGAGCCCUAUAUAGUGCAUAAAUUCUGUCCAGCGCCCUAUAUAGUGCAUACCUUCUGUCCAGGGCCCUAUAUAGUGCAUAACUUCUGUCCAGAGCCCUAUAUAGUGCAUAACUUC